AUGCUAUAAAAUGUCGGUAGUCCAACUCUGAAGAAUUAGUCUACAUCUAAUUCUAUUGAGACCAGCUGGCCAUACCAGGAAGAGAUGGAAUUAAAUUGGGUUGCAUUUACUUUAUGCAUAAGUCUGAUCCUGAUCAAAGGCGAAUCCUCUUUCGCAACUACAGCUACCAAAAAUGAAAUCUGCAAAGCAUCAAGGAGAGAGGAGGAACAAUGCGGAUCAUAUGCCUAUAAGGCCAUGAAACCACUGCUCAUCUACGUAGAAUUGAUGAGGACAAAAGUGGAAAACCAUGAUAAUAUAACAUCCAUUAAGAAUAACGAAAUUGAAGGCCUUCAAAUGAAGAUAUCCCAAUAUGAAUCAGAUUUAAUAAAGAAUUUGAGAGAGCAGAUUAUUGCUGGAUUGAGGGAACAGAUCAUCAAAAAGGACAGCGAAUUAAAGCAGCAAAAGUUUGACCAGCAAAAUGUAUAUGAAACUAUCAUUCAGGAACUGAGAAACUAUAAAAAUAUAACAGUAAGUCAGAACUCUGAAAUCAAGGAGUUGCAGAAGAAACUAGUUGAUCAAAAUGAAAAUGUCGCCAUCAUACAGGGAUUGAGAAAUCAGAUAGAUUCAUACAAGAAUAACAAUGACAAUUUGCAAUCAAUCAGGAAUGAAUUAAAUAAGCUUAAUUCACAGAAAUGUGAGGAGUGCACAAGUGAAUUAGUCUCCAAACAAAAACUUCAAAUCGAUAGCGAUGCAAUCAAAUCGAAGGAGUUUCAGAAACAGUUGGAGGAACAAAAGAAAAAUAUUGACCAAAAGAACCAAGAAAUAUCCAAAUUAAAAGAUCAAAUUAAUACGAGGCAGUCAAAUCGAAGGAAUCAAAUUAAGAGCGAGGCAGUCAAAUCGAAGGAGUUUCAGAAACAGUUGGAGGAACAAAAGAAAAAUAUUGACCAAAAGAACCAAGAUAUAUCCAAAUUAAAAGGUCAAAUUAAUACUGAGGAAAAGAAUCAACCAAUAUCCAAAUUACAAAACGAUGUGAAAAAAAGUGAAAUGAAAGUGGAAGACCCAAAGGAGAAUCCCUUUAUUAGCUGCACUUCUUUUGGAGAUGCUUCGGGUGUUAAUAAAAUCAGUUUCUCUAAUUACUCCUUUGAUGUCUUAUGCGACUCGGAGACAGCAGGUCCUGGAUGGAUAGUUAUCCAGCAGCGAAUCAAUGGUAAAGAAGAUUUCAACAGGUCUUGGACAACAUACCGAGAAGGCUUUGGUUCCUUUGAUGGCGACUUCUUCUUGGGCUUGGAGAAAAUCCAUCGCUUGACGAGAUUCAAACCCCAUGAACUCUAUAUAUAUCUGGAAUACUUUCAUGGCGUAAUAGAAUAUGAGAGAUAUAAACAAUUUGCCAUUGUUGGCGAAAGCGAUGAAUACCAACUAAGCUUAAGUGGAUUCAGUGGCAAUGCCAGAAAUAAGAUGUCAAGAUUUAAGAAUAAUCAGAAAUUUUCGACAUAUGAUCGUGAUAAUGAUGGCAGGAAUGAUGUCAAUUGUGCAUUAAAACAUCUUGGUGGAUGGUGGUACAAUGACUGGUGUGGAGUUAUGAACUUAAAUUCGAAGUACUAUAACAGUAUAAGCGACUGGCAUGGUGAUGGUAUGUAUUGGCGUGCCCCAGUCAAAAAUGUUAAAAUGAUUAUUCGCCCAAAAUAAAUAUAAAAA